AGAGGGGGCAGCCGCGGGUCCGCCCGCAAGUGGGUCCGAGCUUGCUGCCCUUCAGCCCCGCGAAGGGGACGGGCUGCUCGCGGGCUGACCCGGGGAGGAGUGGGGGUGUGUGGUGUGGGCGAUGAGCCGGCGCGGUCCAAUCCAUCCCAAGAAGCAGAUCCGCCCGACUCCGGGGCGGUAAAGCGAGCAGAAGGCGCUGAUCGCCGGGUCCUGUACGCGCGCCCGCAGCAGAAAAUGAGGCCCGCCAUCUGCGUCCUGCUGUGCGCGGGGGCCCUGGGGCUGUGUCAGGCUGUCCCUGAGAAUACUGUGAGAUGGUGCACCAUGUCAGAUCAAGAGGACAGUAAGUGUACCAGUUUCCGUGACAAUAUGAAAAAAGUUGUUCCAGUGGAUGGUCCCCUUGUUGCCUGUGUGAAGAGGACCUCCUACUUUGAGUGCAUCAAAUCCAUCGCAGCUAAUGAAGCGGAUGCCGUUACCAUCGAUGGAGGUUUGGUGUUUGAGGCAGGCCUGGCCCCCUAUAACCUGAAGCCUGUCGUGGCGGAGUUCUAUGGGUCCAAAGACAAUCUGCAAACCCAAUUUUAUGCUGUGGCCAUGGUGAAGAAGGGCAGUGACUUCCAGCUGAACCAGCUCCGAGGCAAGAAGUCCUGCCACACAGGCCUGGGAUGGUCUGCUGGGUGGAACGUCCCCAUUGGGAUGCUUCUCCCCUCAGACUCUCCUAGAGAAGCUGCGGCCCAGUUCUUCGCGAGCAGCUGUGUCCCCUGCGCGGAUGGGAAGAAGUUCCCCAGCCUGUGUCACCUGUGUGUGGGCAAAGGGGAACACGAGUGUGCCUGCUCCUCCCAGGAACCGUACUUCGGCUACUCGGGCGCUUUCAAGUGUCUGGAGGACGGUGUUGGGGACGUGUGUUUUGUGAGGCACAUGACUGUGUUUGAGAGCCUGCCAGACCCGGCUGAAAGGCUUAAAUAUGAGCUGCUCUGCCCGGACAACACCCGGAAGCCCGUGGACCAGUACAAGGGCUGCCCCAUGGCCCGAGUCCCUGCUCACGCCGUCAUGGCCCGGAGUGUGGGUGGCAAGGAGGACUUGAUCUGGGAGCUUCUGAACCAGGCACAGGAACAUUUUGGAAAAGACAGAUCAGCACACUUCCAGCUCUUUGGCUCUCCUCAUGGGAAGGAUCUGCUGUUUACGGACACUGCCCGUGGGCUUUUAAGAAUCCCCCCUAAGAUGGACACCAAGCUGUACCUGGGAUAUGAGUAUUUUGCUGCCAUUCAGCAUCUGAGCAGAGGUGUGGAAGGUCCUCGGAGGGACCAGGGUGAGAGGGUGCAGUGGUGUGCAGUGGGCAACCAUGAGAGAGACAAGUGUGACAACUAGAGUGCCGUGAGUGGUGGCGCCUUAGAGUGCACCAUGGAGGAGACCACUGAGGACUGCAUCGCGGCCAUCGUGAAAGGAGAGGCUGAUGCCAUGAGCUUGGACGGAGGAUUCGUCUACACAGCGGGCAGGUGUGGUCUGGUGCCCGUCCUGGCCGAGAACUACAAUGGCAACGAGGAGCUUGGGUCUAAGUGUAUGAAUACGCCCAUAGAAGGUUAUUACGUUGUGGCAGUGGUUAAGAAGUCACAGGCCGACCUCACCUGGCACUCUCUGCAAAGCAAGAAGUCCUGCCACACUGCAGUCGGCACUUCCGCAGGCUGGAACAUUCCCAUGAGUUUAAUAUACAACCAGACGAGGUCCUGCAAAUUUGAUGAAUUCUUCAGUCAAAGCUGUGCCCCUGGGUCAGACGUCAGCUCCAGUCUCUGCUCUCUGUGUAGCGGCAGCAGCAAUCUGCCCAGUCCAGCCCACAAGUGUGCUCCCAAUAGCCACGAGAGAUACUAUGGCUCCAGUGGGGCUCUCAGGUGUCUGGUCGAGAAGGGAGACGUGGCCUUUAUGAAGCACCCCACGGUCCUGCAGAACACGGAUGGAAAGAACCCUGAAGCCUGGGCUAAGGACUUGAAGCAUGAAGACUUUGAGUUGCUGUGUCUUGAUGGCAUCCGGAAACCUGUGACUGAGGCUCAGGACUGCCACCUGGGCAUUGUCCCAAAUCACGCCGUGGUCUCAAGGAGAGAUAAAGCAGAAUUUGUUCGCAGAGUGCUCUUCAACCAGCAGGAGCUCUUUGGAAGAAACGGGUUUGAAUACGCGAUGUUCCAACUGUUCAAAUCCUCAACAAAGGACCUGCUGUUCAGUGAUGACACACAAUGUUUGGCUAACCUUCAGGACAAAACAACUUAUGAAAAAUACUUAGGGAGAGAGUAUCUUAUGGCUAUUGAUAACCUGAGGCAAUGCUUAGCCUCUGAACUUCUGGAUGCCUGCACAUUCCAUGGAAAUUAGAAACUGGUCAAGGUGGAAAACCACACAGAUGCUCUGAGCCUGCAAAUAUGGUGGGGCCACAUUCUCACCUAUCUGUGUGUGGGUUAACAUUAGUUAUCUUCAAGAUUAUGUGCUGUAAAUGAUGUAAAAAUUAAAAUGAAUAAAAUUAUUGUGUCUUCUUUGGAAAACUUUACCAAAUUGCCUCAAGUUUUUUAGAAGAAAAACUUUCUUUGUGUUAGAGUUGUGUUUCUGAAUUAAUGUCUAUUACACAGUACUCUUUUCUGAACUCCCACCAGUCUGGCUUGAUUUCCCUCCCUAUGCUUUGGUUAUUUUACUCAAGAGUCAAUUCAUCUGAUUAAAUUUAAGCAAUAAAUCUGUCUGAAGAGAGUCCGAAGUAAUGGUUACAAAUAUGCAAAAAGUAUGUGUGUGUGUGUGUGUGCGCAAUAUCAAGGGCUUAUGU